UUUACCUACCCAGGGGGUAUGGGUAUGAUGUACAAACAACUCUUGCGUCACAGGCUUUCCACCAACCAAGUGAUGCUAAUGUGACUGCUGCUUGGCUUCCUACCUUUCACACUGUAGCGUGUGCAGCUGGCCUCGCACGGGCAUAUGGUCUGUGUAACCUCACCGCUCUGCUGACAUCUUCCUCCUCCACGGUGAUGUUUCAUGUAAAAACCUUGCCAGCCCUGACACGGGCAGGGGCGGACAUUCCCUUUAAGCGGUUACUCUCCAGCCGAAGACUCCGGUCCUCGACCUCUGCGACCCAGACGGAGCCGCAGGGCGACGGUGCUAAACAUGACUCGGUCAACAUGGAGUUUCCCGGACAGCCGGGGAGAGGAGGAACCACCACCACCGCUGCUAAUGAGGUCUCCGUAGACUUUGACCAGGCACAGGGGGCUUACAAGAGCAAAGACUCAUUAGAGCUGCUCAGAAGUUUGGUGGUUUUCAAACUUUGCUCCUAUGACUUCCUGGUUGAUAAGAAUAAAGAGAUAAUGGAUCUAGGUAAGAAGAUACUGGGCCAGAGAGCCUUCGACCAGUUCAUGAAGAUGACAUUUUAUGGCCAGUUUGUCGCCGGUGAGGACCACAUGGCCAUCAGGCCGCUGAUCCAGAAGAAUCAGGCCUUUGGUGUCGGCUCUGUCCUGGACUACAGCGUGGAGGAAGACAUUAGCCAGGAGGAGGCAGAGCAGAAAGAGAUGGAUUCCUGUGUAUCCGCUGCAGAGAAAGAGAGCAUUGGCGACGACUACAGAGAGAAAAAAUACAAAGCACAUAAACAGUUCGGGGGCCGUCGCAAGGGUAUAACCGGAGCCCGCACGUAUUUGUACGCCGAUGAGGCCAAAUGUGACCAGCAUAUGGAGACCUUCAUCAGAUGUAUCAAAGCAUCUGGUGGGAGUUCAAUGGAUGGUUUUUCUGCCAUCAAAAUGACUGCUCUAGGACGACCUCAGUUUCUGCUCCAGUUCUCAGAGGUCCUGGUUAAAUGGAGGCGGUUUUUCACCUUCCUGGCAUCACAGCAGGGGAAAGAUGGCAUGGAGGCGUUAGAGCAGAGGCUGGAGCUGACACAACUGCAGGAAUUCCUGACCAAACUGGGUGCAAAAGGUGACUUGUAUGGCUGGUUUACUGGAAGUAAAGAGAAAUCUUUAGGAACCAUUGACAUGCUCGACUGGAACAGCCUAAUAGACGACAGAACAAAGAUAUCGGACCUGCUGGUUGUCCCAAAUGUAGAGCUAGGUGAUCUGGAGCCUCUGCUGGAGAAGUUCACUACGGAGGAGGAGAAACAAAUGAAGAGGAUGUUACAGCGCAUGGACAUCUUAGUCAAGCAUGCAAUUGAGAAUGGUGUUCGCUUGAUGGUGGAUGCAGAGCAAACCUACUUCCAGCCGGCUAUCAGCAGACUGACGUUAGAGAUGCAGAGGAUCUACAACAAAGAAAAGCCUGUCAUCUUCAACACCUACCAGUGUUAUCUCAAGGAGGCCUACAACAAUGUAACUAUGGAUGUAGAAUUGUCUCGACGUGAGGGUUGGCAUUUUGCUUCCAAGCUGGUGCGUGGUGCCUACAUGUAUCAGGAGCGAGAGAGGGCCAAAGACUUUGGUUAUGAGGACCCUAUUAACCCUGACUAUGAGUCUACCAAUAUAAUGUACCACAGGUGUCUGGACUAUGUGCUGGAUGAGAUUGCUCUUAACAGAAAUGCCAACGUUAUGGUGGCUUCCCAUAAUGAGGACACGGUGAAACACACCUUGGGGAGAAUGAAUGAGCUGGGUCUCUUACCCACAGAGAACAAGGUGUACUUUGGUCAACUACUGGGCAUGUGCGAUCAGAUCAGCUUCCCACUGGGCCAGGCAGGCUUCCCCGUCUAUAAGUAUGUCCCCUAUGGGCCGGUGAAUGAGGUAAUGCCCUACCUGUCUCGGAGAGCCCAGGAGAACCGAGGCUUCAUGAAGGGUGCCCAAAAGGAGAGGGAGCUGCUGUGGAAGGAGCUGAAACGCAGACUUGCCUCUGGGGAGCUUCUCUACAGACCAGUGUACUGAAAACACAGAAGAAGAGACAAAGAGUGUGUCAAUGUGUCGUGUUUUUUUUAUUCUUUUAUUUUAUUUUGUAUCUUCUCUAGUUGAAGGCUGCUGCUGUGGCUGUCUGUUCUGUCUCUCCCUCUGUAAAGCUCUCCCUGGGUGUACAUCUCCUGUUCUACCCUGUCCUGGAGUUGUAAUGCUGAUGGACUGUUUUGGCAUGUCACUCUGUUAUUCUGUCUUUGCAAUGCUGUUUUUCUCCAUUCUGUUCCUCGCUGAUGUAACCAACCUUCACCCCCAUCCUUUCUUUUGUAUACUGCCCAUGUUCUCUCGAUUUCUUUUCCUUAUCCGCCUCUGCAUCCAUAAGCAUUCCUCAUUUUGCCUUCCCGUUGUCUAUAGAGCUCUGGUAUCCAUCAAGUGGGCAUCUUUACUGCUCCAAAAGGACUCCCUAAAAUGUCGACGAGACCUGGGCGGGCAUCUCUUUUUAUCACCCUAUUCAUCUUGGAGAGGGACAACAAUAAUAAAACAAAACAGCCUUGAUUUAAAUGGUAGUAAAGGAAACAUCAAUAUUCCCCUCCUAUAUCGUGAUUUUUUUCAAAACUCUUGGACAGCCACAGAGUCCCCCGGGGAGGCUUCUUUGCACUGUAUAUUUGUGUGCUGUAUUUGAGGUUGUAUUGCUUGUUUGAAAAUGAUGCCCGUUUAUGAAUCAAUAAGAAAGUAUAAAUGGCUCCUCGCAGCACAUCCCUCUUCUGAGAGUGCAAUGCUUUUGUGAUUGUAUUUACUGGAGGGAGCUAUAUUCUGGGUCACUGAGGUGUUACAAGAGAACAUACAGUUCAGUAUUCAGCGAGUGAAUCUCCUUUUAGUAGAGACGCCUGCAACUCUGGCAGCCUGGUUUUAUUUUUUCAUGACACAAGAUAAUAUGCAAGGGAAUAAUAAGUUAAGUAAGUUGCCCUUUGGUGUUACUGCAUUUUGAUGGAUUAACACUGCAGUUUUUAUCUUUGACAGUGUAAAUAUGUUUGAAGCAGGUAAUUCCAUUCGUUGGUUUGACAUGUCUUACUUUAUGGACCUGUGACAUUGCAAAAUGAAUAAAUAUGCACUGUAUGAAUAACAAAA